CGAGAGCAGCAGCACAGCACCAGAUCAUCCUCCUCUUCCCCUUCUCUCCUCCCUUCUCUUCUCAUCUUGAAAUUUUGGGUCAAAGUCAGAUUCAACAUCAAAAUUUUUGUCAAGAUGAUGCAAACCCUGAACCCUUAUAACACAGGAAAAACUGCUGAGAUAAUGGCCAGGUAUAGGCCUAUUGCUCCAAAGCCUGAAUCCUCAGCAGCCAACUGCCCCAAUAAUGGGGCAGAUAUCAAUUCUUCCUUCCCUGAGGGCAUCAGGAGGUCUCCUUACCUGAUGAAUGUUUGGGCUCAUUUGCAGGCGAGGCCUACAAGGACAAGAAAGAGAGGUAGAACUGCCUUUGCACCACCUUUCAUGAAAAGAACGAGGACUUGUCUUCAGGUCCUUUCUCCUUCUUAUCAGGCAUCACCUUCCCCUGCCAAAACCUUAGCUUUACAAGGUUUUAUCCAUAACCCAUGUGGGCUUCCCCAGCUUCCCCUGAUUCCAAACCUUGUCCCCCUCAAAUGCGGGUUGGACACUCCUGUGACCACCCCAUCCAACGCUGUCUCGCUCCCGCUUUUGCCAUGCACCGCACCACUUUCUCUCCCAGCCAGGGUUGUUGGUGGUGAUAAUCAAGGGGUGAUAGAUUUGAACAAGGCGGCUGAUUCCCCUGAAGAGGUGGAUUUCAUGCCCCAGUUGGGUGCGUCUGGUGCCUCCACCACCAAAUUUGCUGUUAUUGCACCUCAGGCCAUCAGGCCUGUCGCCUCCAGCAUUAGUGUGGGACGCAUCUCUGAAGAUCCUUUGGCUCCAAAUGCAGGUAAACAAAUUGUUAAGAGGGCGGAAGAAGUGGAGAAAGAAGUGGAAUCUGAGGUUUUGCCUGCGAUCGUUUCGGACUCGAAGAAUAGAGUCCGGCUGACAAAUGCGGCCUAUAAUGAAAUGGUGGGGCAACCGGAGUGUCCUUGGCUUGAUUUCACGCCAUCUGGCGGUGGCGGAGGAGGUGCAUGCAGGAGGAUUGGUGGGGAGGUGGUGCUUGAUUUUGUGAAUUCUGGCUUACCAAAGACGUUAAAUGGUUUCACUUCUUGGGUGAGGAUUGAGUGGGGGAAAGAUGGCAAGAAAAAAGUGGCGAAUGCUUUCUGUGAAGCUACAAGGUUGGCUUGUGAGUCCAAGGACUACGUGUUUGUGUGGAGGUUUCACUCUGAAUCUGGUUCAAAUGUUUGAGUUGCAUUCUGUAAACAAUCUAAAUGUUUGAAGCUGAUCAUCAAACUAAUCUAAACAUAUGUAGUGCUGUGAGGUAGUAUCAGAUAACAUAGCAUGUAUAAAAAUGCAAAUAUUGCCAUACAAAAUCAGCUUUGUCGACCUUUGAGAUGGAAGGUCUUC